GCCAGUCUCCGGUGAGCAGGGCGCACAUUUUAGCGUCUUUCCCUCUAAUUAACAGAAUAGUUUUGCAACCUCUCCCCUCCACUUUCAAUGGGACAGAGAGACUGAGCGCAUCCAGCUGGGUCUGUCCGCGCUGCACACAUGGAUUGUUGCGCCUUGGCUUCGGUUCUCGGAUGGUUACGCGUCGCGCUGCUGUGGGCUGCGCAACUAGGAGCGCUGGCGCAACACGCUCCAGAGUGUUACCCUGGAGGACAUCGGAUCUUACACAGCCCGUACCGCAGCGUCGACUUCGACUCCACAGAGAUCCAGAACACAGCCAUCCAGGACCUGAUCUGUGACCACUCGCUGUUACCUGGCUGGUACCGGUUCCGGAUCAACGGCAAGCCAGCGGAGAUGCCGACCACCUGCGUUGAGAUGAACCGCUGUGGAACUCAGGCGCCGAUCUGGCUGUCGCUGAAGGACACCCCUCUGCCACGACCGGGCCAAGUCCGCCAGCUCUCCGCCUGCGCCACCUGGCAGUUCUUCCACGGCAGCGCCAAAGACUGCUGCCUCUUCCGCAUCUCCAUCACAGUGAGGAACUGCGGCGAGUUCCUGGUCUACUAUCUGCAGCCGACGCAGGGCUGCAUGGGAUACUGCGCUAAAGUUGCUCCAGAAUUGGGAUCCAGAGUCUGUUUACCAGGAGAAUUGGAAGUUAACGGUCAAUGCAAAGCUCUGGUCCCAUCCUUGCCUUCCCGACCAACGAUCACCCCAGAGAUCAUUGGACACAGCGUCCACCUCCGGUGCUCCUUCAUCCCACCUCCAUGGAGCCAGGCGCUGGGCUUCCAGGUGGUUUGGGCCAGACACAUCAGCAACAAGAUGAAGGCCGAGAUCAGACAGGAAUCCACGCUGAAGCACUUCUCCCUGGUGGAGAUGGAUGGCGUUCACUUCAGGCUGGGAGAAACGUUCUCGUGCAGUGUGUCAACUUUCAAAGUUAACUCCAACACCACCAGAUCCUCUGCAAAAGAAAGUGAAAGUUUCUACGCUGGAUUAAAGUUUUCUCCAGACUCUCUUCAUAUAGCUGAGAACAUGAAGGAGCAUGAGGUGAUCGUACACAGCACAGUUCCCAUUCCCUGCUUCAGCUCCAACCUCGGCCACCAGUGUGGAGUCUCUCUGGCUCUGAGUAUCCAUGACCCAGACAGCCUUAGGCUUGAGGUCCCCAAUGUGGUGCUGUCAGCCUGCCAGGUGGAGAUCCAACCAGAAACCUGCAGCGGCGGUACUUGUGGCAGUGCAACAUUUGUCCUCACUGCUGUUACAGAUUUCACACGUGAUGGGAACCGACUGAGCCUGGUCUCUGCUUUGCCUGGACCCAGUGCACCGAGAAUCUGGAGGAGCUAUACCCCAACUUCUCUGAAGGUCAUGGUCCAAGACAUUCCCACUUCCAUCUGUUACUCUCUGACGGAUCCACAUGUCAUCACAUUUGAUCGCAGGCAUUAUGAGAACCACCAGACUGGCACAUUUGUUCUGUACCGUAGUCUUGCCAGGAGGUUUCAGGUCCAUUCUCGCCAGUGGGAUUGUGGCAGCAGACACUACUCUGUGGCCUGCAACUGUGGUGUUGCUGUGCAAGAAGGGAAUGACAUAGCAGUCUUUGACAUGUGCAAUGGCCAGCUUCAAGAAACUCAACCCCAGCUUUUUGUGAAGAACCUCAGUGAUGAGAGUAGUCAGGUCAGGGUCCUGGAGUCCCAUCAAGGAAAGAAGGUCACUUUGAUCUUUCCCUCCGGGGCCUUUGUCAGGGCAGAUGUGAGUGACUGGGGGUUGAGCCUGUCUGUUCGAGCCCCAAGCGUCGACUUCAGCAACACUCAAGGACUGUGUGGAACCUUUGACCACAACAGCAACAAUGACUUCCAUGGUUCCAAUGGUGGCUUAUAUGGUCCUGAUGAUUUGGAUCGCUUCAUUAAGGAGUGGAGGAUAGCUCCUGGUGAGAGUUUAUUUGACGCCACCCCACCUGCAAUCACGCAAAAGACCAGGCGACCUUUCUGUCAGUGCCACAGAGAGUAUAACCCUUCUCAACAAUAUAGCGGAGGGAUGGUGCACAGCUCUUCAGCUCGCUCCGAAUGCUCUGCAUACGAUAACAUAGAUUACACAUCCGUUUUUCCUUCCAUGGAUACAACAGUGGAAUACAUCAAGAGUCCCAGAAAAGAGGAGGACAUCCUGGAAGUGUCUACUUUGAGUGGUCAUCUUCUGGAUGAGAGGAACCUGUGGAUUAAAAGGGAGAAAAAUCAACAUGGUGAUGAUUCUGAACUUGAUGGUGAGUUGAGAGAAGAUCUGCUGCUUUCUACAGACAGGUCAAAGAGACAGGCUUUGUUUGAGUUUCAGCCUGUCUUUGUAACUCAAAGCCGAAGCCAAGCAGGUCUGGAAAGUUUUGCCUACUUUUUUCCUGAAGAUCACCUUGCGGAACCUAGGCCCAAAGUUCAACCCCAGUGGCCUACACCAACUGGGCUGUCCUCAGCCAAAGCUCUGGAAGUUUGCCAAAUGGCCUUGGUCAACUCCACUGUUGGUGCCUUAUGUGGAGGUCUGCUGGGACGCCACCUUGAUGAAGCGGUGGAUCUCUGUAUGAUGGACUUGCAGCUGAAGGAUGACCUGGGCUGGGAGGAAGCACUCCUGCCCUUUCUGGAGAACGAGUGUGAGAGGCAGCUGCUAGAGAACCGGACCCAGCGAGCCAUGGAGGUUCAAGGUGCUUCUGGGGAAGUGGUGAUGGCCCUGCGCUGUCCAAACUUGUGCAACGGAAAUGGAGAAUGCACAGAGUGGGGCUGCCAGUGUUAUCCGAGUUACAGCAACUAUGACUGCAGCCUUGCCAUCAGCCAGCCAAUAGAGAUAACGGAUUUGGAAAACGGUGGACUUUGUGACAUCCGAACCUUUGACUGUCGCAGUGUUCGAGUGUUUGGCCUCGGCUUCAUCGACUCUGCUGACCUGAGCUGCCUCACCACAAGGCUGAAGUACAUGAACAAAGUUUGGGUUCCAGAGGAGCAGCAGAAGACAAAGGCCACCUUCCUCAGCUCCAAGGCUUUGGACUGUGCUGUUCCAUCACUGAGCACCAAAGCUAUCAAUACAGAGGACUUCAUGAUGGACGACCAACCAUACGCACGAUGGGACAUCAAGGUGACCAACGAUGGCUUCCAGUACAGCCAGCCGAAGAUGCUGACGAUAUACGACGAUGUUUGCCAGGUCUGCGAGGCAUCGUACUCAGGGCUCUGUAAGUUAAAGGAGAAGACGUGUAACAUAGACGGGAUGUGUUUUGCAGCCGGAAGCAUACACCCCAGCAGCCCCUGCCUCAUCUGUUACCCUGAAACCUCCAAAUUCACCUGGUCUGUAAACCAAGUCAACGUGCCUCCAUCCUUCCACCGCCCUCAGAGCAGCUUGCGGACAUUUGUAGGAGAGAAUUUCGUCUUCCAGUUUGCGGCGUCUGACCCAGAGGGCUCCGGGCUUCUGUUCCAGCUGGAGGAGGGUCCAGACGGGGCUGUGCUCUCUCCUGCUGGCCUCCUCAUCUGGAGGGUCCCAUCAGUUCUCCUGAAGGAGGAGGUUCAGCAGUCCUUCAGUUUCACGCUCUCUGACGAGUGCAAUGCCCAGAGCACCUUUACAGUGGAGGUUGACGUUGUCCCUUGUGGUUGCCUGAGUGGAGGGACAUGCGUGACGGACGUCAGCUUUCCUGCUGGCAGUGGGAAGUACCUGUGUGUUUGUCCGGAGGGUAAACAGGGCGAGCUCUGCAGCGAGGACGUAGAUCAAUGUUUGUCGGCACCGUGUGCAGCCGGCAGGUGCAUCAGCACAGCCAAGGGGUACAGAUGCAAGUGUCCUGCAGGGCUGAGAGGUUUGACAUGCCUGGAGGACAUCAAUGAGUGUGAGAAGAAUCCAUGUUUUCCAGGAGUCCAGUGCUUCAACAGCAUUGGCUCCUUUAGCUGUGGUCCAUGCCCCAAAGGAAUGCUGGGAAAUGGGACAACCUGUAAGGCAGCAGUUUUUGGGCCGGAUGCCAUCAUCCCAACACCUUUUCCUCUUACAACUGUUUACAAGAUACCAGAUGUUCUGCUGCAAGGAAAGACAGACUCUUUGCAGAGAGCCCCCACUGGUACCUCACUGCUUUUGAAGCCCAAAGUGGGCAAGAAAAUUCCAGGAAUUACCUCCAACGUGAAGCUCAGGAUGGUAGAAACCAACAAGAGCGUGGCAGCAGAUGUUUCCCAAAACAGAAAACCCCAUUUAAAUGCAUCCAGGUGCACCAGCGAUGCUUUUGAGGACAUCUCAGAGAGUACAGCUAAGCAAGAGAUACCGGACCAGUCUGCAAACAGGAAUGAUAAUGGAAAUACUUCCGAUAAAAAAUCAGGAAAUGGAAGAACAUCAUCAGGAUCAGUCCAGUCUCCGGUUGUCCUCCUCUCAGCAACAUGUGCCAGCAGGCCCUGCUUCCCAGGAGUUCAGUGCAUCAACCGCCGGCCUCCACACAUUGGUUACGUCUGCGGUCGCUGCCCACCUGGACUUUACGGCAACGGACGCGUCUGCAUGAAGACCCCCAGGGAAGCCUCCAAUUUCCUCCCUCAGCAGCAAAUGUUUGGCAAAUCCGGCCGAUAUUUCCACGGAAGCAAAGCCAAGCCUUCCCACCUCCACCUGCCAAGCUUCCCAUCCAGGCAAUCCAUCAAACAUCCACCUUUAUCACUGGCCACACAAGACAAUCCACCACAUCAGGAUUUAGCAUCACAGAGAAGCGGUGGAACAGGGAGAAGGGAAGCAGUCGCCUCUUCCUCCAAAGAUGCUCCAAGGACAUCAUCCAAUGCCUCAUUCAAGCCCCAUGCCACCCAUGAAACUGCCAUUUCCAGAUCUGACACCAGGAUGUACACCAGGUCAAGAACUGCAUCCUUUAGGGAGUCGGGUCCCAAGAUUUCCCUGAAGUCUGAGAGAGCGCUGACCAGUGCUACAACCCUUAGAGUGACGCCACUACAGGGAGUCCAGCCACAGCUCAACCACCAUCCAUCACCCAAAUCCUGGACCCCUUCGAGGCCUGCUCUCCCUCUCAACGCCGCCCUCACUGUUCUGUCUUAUGGCUCGUCUGAAUCAGAGUUCUCCGCAGAUGGAGACGAAUUUGAUCUAAGUCCAAAGAGUCCCGAGGUGCCACAAACGCACCCAGCACCAACUCCAACGACUCUUGUCAAAACAAUCUCCAGCUCCUUACUGCAAAAUCCUACUUCCAGUCAUCUCCACGUCCAGAGUGGCACGACAGCCUAUGGACAUGGGAUGCCCUGCUCCAGGAAGCCUUGCUUUCCUGGUGUCCAGUGUGAGGCGGCUGUGGGUGGGGGUUUCCGCUGUGGGAGGUGUCCAGUAGGAUACACCGGAGAUGGACGCACAUGUCGGGCUGUUUGCAGGCAUACAUGUGGCAGGAACAUGGAGUGUGCUGCACCCAACACCUGCCGCUGCAAACCAGGCUACACAGGAUCAAAUUGCGAGACAGCGAUUUGUGAUCCGGAAUGCGUCAACGGCGGGGUUUGCAUCGCUCCAGGUGUGUGUCAGUGUCCCAGAGGUUUGCAUGGAGAGACUUGUAAAGAAGCUCUGUGCAGAUUACCGUGUGAAAAUGGAGGCAGCUGUGUGGGACUGCAGACUUGUUCCUGUCCUUAUGGGUUUGUUGGUCCUCGAUGUGAAACAAUGGUCUGUAGCCGUCACUGCCACAACGGAGGCCAGUGUGUGUCCCCAGAUGAGUGCGUGUGUCCUCCGGGCUGGACCGGACCGUCCUGUGAGACAACUCUGUGCUCGCCCGUCUGCCUGAACGGUGGAGUGUGUUCUCGGCCGGAAAUCUGCGAGUGUCCUCACGGUUUCUACGGAGCGCAGUGUCAGAACGCUGUCUGUAGUCCACCCUGUAAAAAUGGCGGCGUGUGCAUGAGGAACAACAUCUGCUCCUGUCUGCAGGGAUAUUCUGGGGGACGCUGCGAGAAAAGUGUGUGCGACCCCAUGUGCAUGAACGGAGGCAGGUGUGUUGGGCCAGAUGUGUGUGACUGCCUGUCUGGCUGGCGAGGAAGGAGAUGUGACAAACCCAGCUGUCUGCAGAGGUGCCUGAACGGAGGAGAGUGUGUUGGUCCAAACACCUGCCACUGUCCGCCGGGCUGGCAAGGACUGCUGUGCCAGAUCCCUCGCUGUGAGCAGAACUGUCUGUACGGCAGUCGCUGCGUUCGCCCAAACGUCUGCGCCUGCAGGAGCGGAUUCUCCGGAGCUCGGUGUUCCCAGAGGCUCCCCAUCGCUCGAGGCUGAAGAUGAACAGGUUUCUCCACACUGGCUGCCUGCUGAUGAUGUCAGCUCUACAUGAACAAUAGAUGAAGCAGAUGUUGAAGGUGAAGUGAAGGUGGAGAAGAAAAGGACUUCCAGUGGACAGGAAUGUUUUAUUGGACCAAACUCAUAAUGUCCAGACUACUGGAAAUACCUCCAUGUUUAGGUUCCUCACCUAUAAUCUAACCUUCUCUAUGAGUAUUUAUUUAUUUGGAUGUUUUAUAUUGUCACAUAUUCCUUGAUGUAUAUAUCUUAAUCACUUUGUAAUCUACUGCUUCUUGUUUUGUAAAAGGUGUUUUAUAGGCAUUUCUGAUUGGAUCGGUCUAUUUCCUGAAGCAAAGGCUUGAGCUGAGAUCUUCUGCUGCAUGAAGGUCUUCCAACACAGAUCCGAUCCACAGUAAAGCUAACAGAUGCCUUUCAAAAUAAGAGACCGUUUUAUAGAUUUUUGAUAAUUACAAGACUGGGUUUCAGAUUCUUGGUUGGCCUAAACCAAUCAACUUGUACUUAUUUGAACUUUCAAAAUAAAAGCCUCAGUAUUUCAUAGAGUAGAUUAUUCUAAACUAGAAAUUAUGUGAACUAAAUCAAGAGUGAAAAAUGGAUUAUGCCAAUUACUGAUGGACAGAAACUAGGCAUGGAAAACAUGUUUUUUACAAAGCUCCGAAGCUUUUUACAAUAAAAGUCUUUUUUCAUGGUUUAAUUAUUACAGAGGUGGCUGAAUGAUUCAUAAUCGGGGUUAAAGCUGCUGCAUUGUGGGCCUAACUCAGCAACAAACCCUUUAAUAUGUUGCUGGGUUGUACACCAUCACAAUUUCUGCAGGAUUGUUUUUAUUUUUAUUAAAAUUUAAAAAAUUAGUGAAAUCUUGAGAAUUUUUAAAGUUCAUAACUUUAUUCGAGCUAAAUGGCCGUUAUUUGAAGCAAUAAAUAGCUUUGUAGCUGCAGGGGGACGUUUGACUUUUCUGGGGCCACGGCGAGCAGGAUUAAUGACGCCAUGUUGGCUCUACACUAAUUAGGACUCCACAGAGGGAGAAGUUUGUUUCCUCGAACUGAAGCGAAGCAAUUAUCUUCUCCAUGUUGAAUUUGUAUAUUAAACAUUCACGUUUUUCGUGUUAAAAGCUCGUUUAUGAUGCUUAUACAGGGUCUUUAAUUACUGGGCAUAUACCGCCCUCUUGUGGUGACGAGUAUAGAAGUUAAAAGGUGCGAUUAAAACUGUAAAGAACAAGGAUAAAACGUUCAUGAACACUUCAUUAGAACUCUGCUACUUUCUGAUAUUUUUGUGAAAAUAAACCAUGAACAGCAAUGAA